AUGCCAAGCAUAUCCAUGGCUCACCUUGAUGAAGCCCAUCAAUCUUUGGAGGCUUUCUGCAGAGAGUGCGAGAAGUUGUAUAAAGCCCCAUUCCUUUCGCCAAACAUGCAUCUCCAUCUUCAUCUUUUCGAAAGAUGCAAUGGUAUCUUGAAAAACUAUGCGACAAAUAGAAAAGACAGGUUUGAGGGAACCUAUAUGAAGAAGUAUCUUGAAGAAGCAUACCAGGGAGAUCUUAUUCGCCAAACUUUGCCAAUAAUUCGAUCUGAGCAUUCGGCGAUCAUCCUUGAGCUCACUGCAUCCACUGCCAAUUCCAUAGCCACUUCCACUUCCACUGCCACCUCAAUCCAAUUCGAUAUCAAUGCUUUUCUUGAUUCUCCUGAGAUCAACUUUGAUAUCGUCAAGGGAAACGAGCCUUUGCCCCCUUCCGCACUUCCUUUAGCUCUAAAGGGGGAGAUUUCCAUGGAUGAAUCCGAGUAUGAGCAUUUGUUGGAAUACUAUCGCGAGACAUACGAUGAUCAAACUCUUGUUCAUUAUCGUCAGGCUAGUCAUUCCGAUAAUUUUGUUAACAAUCAGAUACAGAAGUUUGAAUCAAUCAAUCUUCUUGGGCAAAUCUACAAGAGCAAAACAAAGAAUCAGCGUGGGUCGUUCAUGCAAGCCUUGUUUGAGACAAGUGAUGAUAGAAGUACCAAGCCAUACGCGGGCCAAAUUCAGUACCUCUUUGUCAAUACUGCUGUAAACUCGUUUGCUGGUCAUGCGAGCCAGCAUGUAUUUGCAUAUGUAUGA